CUGGGAACAGAAGUUUUCUAACAAAAGAGAAUCCGACCUGGAGUUGUUUCGGAAAAAGUUGUUUUUCCAGAAAUUUCCCGGCGAAAUGCAGAAGCGGACCAGACGGGAACUGUCGAAACCGGUGGAACUGAAAUCCAGCCAGGUCGGCCUGACCACCGAGCUGAACAAGGUCGAAAAGCAGAUGUUGUUUCUCCUGGACAACCCCGCGACGCCGUACUUCUACGACGAAAAGACGCAGGAACGGAUAAACGACAAAUUGGUGCACACGCUGUUGACGCCCUACAAAGGGGCGGACGAAGAGGAAGAAGAACAGCAGGAUACAAGAAACAAGCCUGAGGUGAUCGGGAAAAAAUACGAGGAGCACGACGAUGACAAGACGACCACUUCUGGAGCAGCACCACCUUAUCAUGAUUCUGCGUCUUCGCAGCUGCAGUCCGGACGCAACAAGUUUGGGGUCGACCACGAGAACGACAAAACUUCCGUGCCGCACAUCAUCAAGCACCGCGAGAUCACCCGGCGGUCCACGUUGCGCGGCGAAACGCCCACCGCCAAGCGGUCGGACGUACAGUACCUGCGAUCUACGGAGCUGGCGCGCGUGCUCGACGCGUACGAGAAAAGUCAGUACAAGGAGGAGCGGCGAUUUGAGGAGGACAUGCGGGCCCUGUUUGAGAAUGAAAAGGACCGGAGAAGAGUUUCGCAAAUCCUGAAAAGCGGGGGAUCCGACUUGCCGGAACAGUACCGAAAGAGCGGAGUGUCGGCGGACGAUGUGGACUUCCUCUUGCAGCACGCGCACAACUACCGGAGCGCGCAAGAGCUGCAGAUAAACGUGCGCUUCCCGAAGGACGU